AUGUUCAAGUUACUCGGUGAUCUACGUGUACACUUUAAAUAUCAGGCAAUAAGGACUGACAAUGCGGUUUUCCGGCUACACAAUGUGUUCACCACAGUGUUGCUGCUCGCCUGUUCCAUGAUCAUCACAGCGACACAGUAUGUUGGUCAGCCGAUCCAGUGCAUUGUCAGCGGACUGCCGACAAACGUGGUCAACACAUAUUGUUGGAUCACAUCGACGUUUACCAUGCCCGAUGCCUUCGCCAGAGAGGUUGGAAGAGAAGUGGCACAUCCAGGUGUGGCGAAUGAGUUCGACAGUUCGCAAGAAAAAAAAUACUACACAUACUACCAAUGGGUGUGCUUCGUGUUAUUCUUUCAGGCCAUAAUGUGCUACACGCCCAAGUUCCUUUGGGAUGCCUUCGAAGGAGGACUCCUACGCACGAUCGUAAUGGGUCUCAACAUUGGCGUGUGCGAACAAGACGAGAAAGACAAGAAGAAAGACUUGCUCAUCGACUACCUCAUCAGGUAUAAAAGAACGCACAAACUAUACGCGAUGCGGUACUGGGGCUGCGAACUGUUGUGUCUCAUAAACAUCGUGGUACAGCUGUGGAUGAUGAACAGCUUCUUCAAUGGAGAAUUCUUUAGUUAUGGAGUCAGGGUGCUUGGCUAUAGCGAUGUUCCUCAAGAAGAGAGAUAUGAUCCAAUGAUCUACAUUUUCCCUCGAGUCACGAAGUGCACAUUCCACAAGUACGGUGCGUCAGGCAGUAUACAGACCCACGACAGUCUGUGUAUACUACCGCUGAACAUCGUCAACGAGAAAACAUACAUAUUUCUGUGGUUCUGGUAUAUCAUACUGGCUGUGGUGCUGGCUCUGCUCAUUAUAUACAGAUUAGUGAUAAUCUUCGUGCCUUCGAUUCGUCCACGUCUGCUGCACGCACGUUCACGUACUCUCUCCAGGGAAACUGCUGAGGUUGUGUCCCGACGCACUGAUCUUGGAGACUGGUGGUUACUGUACAUGCUGGCCAGGAACAUCGACCCUCUUAUAUACAGGGAGCUGAUAAUCGAGUUCGCCAAACGCACCGGGGAGAAAGCUGGUGCGCGCGCGUGA